AUGCCCGAGAACGACCCAGACAAACCCCAGUAUGCGGAGCCGGAAGACUUCAUAUGGGACACGUACCUGCGGGCGUCUAAGGACGAGGACGAGACGCGCCCGAAGAACUGGGAGGGCAGCACGACAGGCAUCCUGACGUUUACUGGUCUAUUCGCCGCGACCGUGGCGGCGUUCAUCGUCGAGAGUUACAAGCUCCUCUCCGUCGACUCCGGUGAUCAGACCGUCCAACUCCUCUCGCAGCUCCUCGUCGCAACCGCGAACGCGUCCUCAGGCUUUCCCGUCGUCAUCACGACGCCCGAACCGUUCUCCACCCCACCCGCAGCCAUUGCUACGAAUGUCCUAUGGUUCUCGAGUCUAUUGAUCUCGCUUAUAUGCGCGUUAUUAUCAACCCUGGUGCAGGAGUGGUCCCGAGCCUACGUGCAGGACAUCAAUAGACGAAAGGUCCUCCAUGAGAGCCUGAUGGAGCGCGCAUUCAAUCACAUAUACAUCCGCAUGGGUGUCAAUCGCUACGGAAUGGACCAGUUCGUUUCAUGGAUCGUAGCGCUGGUGCAUCUGGCCGUCUUUCUCUUUGCGUGUGGGCUUCUGGUCUUCCUCUUCCCUAUUGACCACGUCGUGGCUGGCAUUGCUACCGCGAUCCUCGGACUCUUCGUGAUCAUAUAUUGUGGGUCCAGCCUGCUCCCUCUCCUUGAUAAGAGCUGUCCAUAUAGAACUCCCAUCACAUACCUGAUGGCCUUUGCCUACUGGUCAGUUCUUCGUAGUCGAAUCAGCGGUGUCUUCUUGUCUUUCCGCAAGAAGGCCAACAAUCAGGACCAGAGAACGCUUCGUGACCUCAUCACAAGGCAGUACGUAGGUGGCCAGGUAUGGGUCGAUUGGCGACUAGUAGAGGAAUUCUUGACCGAUACUCGAAGUUCAUUUUUGUGGGAACACACGUAUCCUCAUAUAUCGCCAGAGAACUACGAGCAACUUUUUGAAUCGCUACCUUCUUUCAUUGAUUUGCACCGAGACGGAGCCUAUGCGCUAUUGAGCACAUUAUUAUGUGCCGACAACGAACUCGUGAAGAGCUUGUACCUGCAUCUUGAUCGGAUAUACCGUGCGGUUGAGCCUAUCGAUACCUCGUCGGACCCCAUCUUCCUCAAGAUACUCCUGUUGGUAUCAUAUCUCUCCGAGAGAAUGUUCGCUUCAGAGGUCGAACGAUACAGUCAUGGUCAUCCAGAGGCUUUUGCACGCACCAGCGCGAUACUUCUGCAUGCGAUUGGCGUGGUGUCUCUGAUAGCAGGAGUCGAUGGGCCUGCUCGACUCCGGGCUCAGUUAUGCCUUGGAAGUGUACGAACAUCCAUCGUGAGAUUUUGUCUGAGGGCGUCUUCGACAAUGCCGGCUCUUCAGGAAGAAGAAGUGUCAGAAUUUUUCUUUGAAACACGCAUAUGGGGGCACCACGAGUUCCUGAAGGGACGCCAUUCUAGCGCGGUUCUCCUUUUGCUCGUCAGUGGGACAUACUCCAGGAACCACUGGGAGCGUAUGGAGGAGUCAAACCUGUUACCCUUACACGAUGACGACUGUUGCAGAGGCUGGAGAAGUCUUUUGACCCCUCAAGGUCAUGCGCAUGUAGCAGCGUGCAACGCCUUGACAGUCAUUGCACACAUAAUAACCUCCACCGACGAGCAACUACGAUUCGCUGACUUAUUUCUGGAUUUUGUCUUGUACGACGCGUUGAGAUGGCUUAAGGAUGACUCUGUCAUUCCUUGGAAUGACAGAAUGAAGAUGUCCUCCCACGAGUUUGUGGACAUUUUGCGAUUGGCGGGCCUGGACGAAUGGCUUGAGCCAGAGACCACAUUCACUGUACCUCGCAGAGGCCCUAUCUAUCAAUUCCUCACUGGUAAUGUCGUAGGCGGUAGUUGUGUCGACGUACUUCAGAGACUCGCGCGGUGCGUUGACUUUGAAGCAUACUUCGAGCGUGCAGCAGCUGCUCAGCGCCCGUGCAUGGCAUUGCUGACCCUGAACGCCAACAACAACUCGAAUCACCCUGUUCUUACUCAACCGAUCGCAGACGUCUUAGAUGACACAGAGUCAACAUCAUCGCGUAACCCUCGAACCUUAAAGAUAGACGGUAACGUCGAAAGCGCUCGCGCUCUGCUCGCGGACCCGGAACAUGGGGCCUCCGCCCUUGCCAUUAGGAACGAUCCAGCUACCGGCUUAUACAGAGGCCCGCAUGAGGGGUCGGGCGGCGCUGUUGACCCUGUCGAGCUUGAGCAGAGUCCUGCCGCUCUGAUGGCAGCGCAGCUCAUUGGUGAGGGAGGCGAGGACGAGACGAAUAGAGCUGGAGCGCCCGAGUUAGAGAUGGUCACCAUUGCCCAUGAUCGCGAUGCACAUACGAAGAAUAGGGAAGCUUCGGAUGAAGCCACGCCCGGUGUGAGAGCGCGGCCAGACGUUGAUAUGGAUGCUCGACCUCGCAGCGGCCUUCGUGAUGUUGACGACGGGAUUCAGCGCGAUGCAUAG